AUGGCAUGUGAUAAAAGCAAACAUACUUACAGGUUUGGAGAGUCCGAGAUUGGAUUGCGUCCGAUCUCAGACCAUCGCCUCUCUGCAGGUAAGUUUGUUAUAGAACAGGAGUGGCCCUUACAAUAUGUAUUACACAUGUAACUGUUGUUCUCAUUUGACCAGGAAAUGAGUGGAGAAAACCUGCACCGGUAGCUAGAACCUCACGCUUGCCUAUACUCGAAUCGAAUAUCAUCUUCCUUUUACCAUGGCUAAAAAGGUCUUAUCAUGUUUUUUACAAGAUAUAAAUACAUGAUCCUGUUUCGUUGCAAGAUAAACUAAACAAGCCUUGCAACAAAAUAUUUUAUAAUUCUGUAACAGGUUACGAAAACUACCGAUUGCAAUAUCUUAGUAGUCCUGGGGAGACGAAUGGUUUGCUGCUGACACUCAAUGUCCAAACCUAUGACUAUCGGUCAAAUGCGAAAGGUAUUGGUAUAAAAGUCCUAAUUCAUGAUCAGAAUGAUCCGAUAUUUAUUAAGGAAAGUGGUUUCGCAGUCAUGCCUGGAAGGAAAGCUUUAGUUUCUGUCAUAAAAAAACAGGUUUGUUGAAUUUAUGCAUUGCUACGAUAUCAAAAUUAAUUUUGAUUAAUUUAAAUGGCAAUGUAAAAAGUAACUUUAGAGACUGAAAAUCCCAUUACAAAAUAUGACAUAGAUAUUUAGUAGUUUUGUUUGUGGAAACACCACGUAAAUUUAUUUUUUUUGUGUGUGUAUUUUAUCGCUAUGCAAUCAUACAAAGAACUUAUGACAUAGAUAUUCUUGAGCUUUUAGGACAAUCAGGGAGAUUACGUCAUUUAGUUUUGAAUGUUCAAGUAACGUUUUUAAUCCGAAUUUUGAACUUUAGGGUUUCAACACAAUUCCUCGUCAAUUCUUCCAUUUGGGAUAGGAAAUUCCACAAUACUAGUACUGAGACAAUACUUGACAGUGAUAUCUAUUAUAUUUUGCUACACUUUUGCUAGGGGUACAAGGCAAAUUGCCUUCUCACCACACAGCACCUUUAGCAGUCCAUUAGUUUAAUAUGUACUACCCAUAUGUACCGCUCAUUUUUCACGAAUGAAAAAAGGCCUAUAAUGUAAGUUUUUCUAUUAUCCUACAUUUUUCGCGACCACGUACAAAAACGGUUAAAAAUGAAGGAACAUUUAGGGGAUAGUCUUUAGUGUCUUCCAUUUUAUAUACCCUUUCACGAAUAAAAAAUUGGUUAAAAAUGGACGAAAAUAUAAGGCAUAGCCUUUCCCCAAAAUAAAGGGGAAAAUUUAAUGAGUUAGCCUUUAAUUUUUGGCAAUUUUUUGUACAGAUGAUCAAAAUGGUUAAAAUGGACGGCUUAGGCACAUACUUGACCGAGUAUUCCAUGUGAGCUUGCUUCCCAAAAUCCAAAGAAAUGAGAAGCGCCUGUGCACGAAAACUUUAAUUCAUUUUCUUAAACCAGCCCUGAAUUCUCACUUUGGAGGAAUUUCCUAUGUUAGCAGUCUGUCGACUGACGUUUUGGAGUACAAGAAAACGUCAUCCAUGGCCAGUUUCUAGUAUACACACAGCUACUAAUUAGUGUUGUUUUCUUUCAAUAACAGGUGGUAACCUCACCUCCGCCUCAUGGAACACCUUGCAGGAGAAGUGACACAAAUGUAAAGUAUUCAAAGACACUUUGUAUGAGUGACUGUAAGGAGGAAUAUAUUGUCGCAAAUUGCAAAUGUCAGAUGCUCCACCAAAGAGUAAGUAUUUAA